GGCCUACCAACCAAACCAUUUUUGCCAAGUUUAUUUAAAACUUCGAGUUUUCUUCUUCUUUGAACAAAUCUCGUAUCAUUCUCCGGCGAAAUCGAGUUUCAGGAAAAAAAAAUUGAAAAAAUGGCAGAGCUGAAGAAGCAGCAAGUGGGAUCUAAAAAAGUGAAUCAGCUUCGACCAUUGGAUAGUGGGGUUAAUAUAACUGUAAAGGUUAUUAGUAAAAAGCCAAUUGCACAGAGAAAUCGUCUUGCUGAAUGUUUGGUGGGUGAUGAAACUGGAAUUAUUAUCUUUACUGCCCGCAAUGAUCAAGUCGAUUUAAUUCAAGAAGGUUCCACACUAGUCUUGACAAAAGCUAAAGUUGACAUGUUC